AUGAAGCUCUCACCUCCUGUCGAGGAUGGCCCAGUGACCAGCUGCAAUUGCUCUAUCUGUACCAUCAAUGGAUAUCUUAUGGUGUACCCAUUGGAGUCCAACAUCACCUGGCUCAGUGGUUUUGAUGACCUCACCACUUACACCUUUGGCCCAGAGAAGAUUGCACAUUCCUUCUGCUCGACUUGCGGGACGAGCAUUGGCGGGAAGAGCACCGAUCCAAAUUUCUUUGCCGACAAUCGGGCUUUGAAUGUGCGCACGUUGAAGGGUGUCGAUGUCGACGCGCUGAAAUUGAGGAAAGUUGAUGGUCGGAGCAAAACGAUCAAGCUCCCUUCGGAUGCACCUCGCAAACUGUCCCGUUGA